AUGAGUGUGGUUUUCAAUAUAAAUAAACAGAAUACCAUGAAAUGCAAUGAAGACUUUUAUCAAGGAUACCAAUUGAGUAUGAGUGACUUGAGAAAGGCUACUUCUGCAUCAAAACAAGCAGCAGGUUGCUUGUUUACCAAUUUUGAAGAUGUUCGACUAACAGAUGAAGAACGUGUUUACUUGAAUGCAGCCGCUACAGGUGAUAUAGGCAUUAUUCGUAUGUCACUGGAAGAUACUGACGAUUCAAUUGAAUUCAAUGUGAACUGUGUUGAUUAUAUGGGUCGUAAUGCUUUGCAUCUUGCUGUUGACUCUGAAAAUACAGAUGUCAUGGAAAUGCUGCUUGAUAAGCUAAAUUUUGAGUGUAUUGAAGAGGCUUUACUCCAUGCGAUCAGUAAAGGACAUCCCAAAUUAGUACGAGUUAUUAUUGAGCAUCCAAAUUACCAGGCUGGUGAAGAUCAAAUCAAAAGAAUGGAUUCAAAAAAUGCAUUUUUUCGGACAACGGAGAAAAGUCAAUUCUCACCAGAUAUAACUCCACUCAUACUAUCAGCACACUAUAACAAUCAUGAAAUGGUACAAAUGUUUCUAUCACGUAAUCAUACAAUUGAUAAACCACAUUCAAUAUCCUGUCAAUGUAAUGAUUGUCAGGUCAGACAAGAUUAUGAUUCACUGAAACGAUCGAGAUCAAGGUUGAAUGCCUAUAGAGCAUUAGCAAGCCCAGCAUAUAUGGCACUCAGUAGUCCAGAUCCUAUAAUGACAACAUUUCAGUUGCGUCAAGAAAUGAUGAAACUGGCUGAAAUUGAGAAAGAAUUCAAGUUUGUUGCUCAUCCUAAUUGCCAACAAUACCUUACAAGUAUAUGGUAUGGAUCGGAAACAGCUUUCCUACAAUCAUGGUCAUUAAUUCGAAAAAUUGGUCUUUCUGUAGCUGCUACACCCCUGCUUCCUUUAUUUUGCAUAAUGUACAUAAUACUGCCUACCUCUAAUGUCGCUCGUUCAAUGAGAUGUCCGGCAGCUAAAUUUGCAACUCAUGUCGUAUCACACUUCUUAUUUCUAGUACUGCUUGCUGCAGCAACAUUCCGUUUAGAGGAGAAUUAUGAUGCAUUAUUAGAUGAACAGAUGCUUGGUACUGGUGAUGAAGAAACGAUACGUCAAUGGGUGCAGAAAAAUUUUCGACCGUCAAAAGCAAUUAUCACACAUGUUCAAAUAUGUAUUGUUUUAUGGGUAGCUGGUUUAUUACUUGCUGAUAUUAAGCACAUUUACUUUGCAGGAUUCAGGUCUUAUAUUUGUAAUGCUUAUAAUCUAUUGAAUUUCUGUAUAUUGUCCAUGUAUAUUGGUUCGUACACUCUACGCAUAAUCGUUGAUCGAUGGGUUCGUGAAUCAGAUUUGUUCUUUAAUGCAACAGCCCAAGUCAAUUACUUACUGCAGACGAAUAAUAGUAUUCGAGUGCACCAAAUGGUACAGAACUGGACACAGUCAUGUCAUCAUGAUAAGAGUUAUUUCAUAACAGCGUCUCGAUUUCGAUGGAAAUAUGAUGACCCAGAAAUUGUAUCCGAUGUAAUGUUUGCUGUGGCCAACGUGGUUAGUUUUGCACGUACCACUUAUCUAAUGCCGGCAUUCGAAGCCCUUGGUCCCUUACAAAUCUCAUUUACACGUAUGCUAACAGAUAUUACCCGAUUUAUGGUCCUUUACCUACUGGUAUUGUUUGCAUUCAUGGUCGCUUACACAAUCUCUAUUGGUAUUAUGGUUUACAAACAUUCAAAAUAUACGAUGAAGCAACGAACACUACACAAACACAAGUUGCUACAGAAAUGUUUGAAGGGCUUCGCCACACACUGUACAUAUAGCAAAUUACCUAUUCGUAAACCAGAUCAAGUUGAACAUAAAUAUACGGAUGGCAUGAUUGAUACAGACUCGCCGACAACAAUUGUCGACAGUGUUGGCAUGGUAUUGUUUGCUGUCUAUCAUGGAAUCAUAAUUAUUGUCUUGGUGAAUAUGUUAAUUGCUAUGAUGAGUCAUUCAUUUGAAAGUAUUCAGGAGGACUGUGACGUGGAGUGGAAAUUCGCGCGUACCCAGUUGUGGUUAAAUUAUAUUGAUAAUGGUAGUACUCUGCCAGUUCCCUUCAAUGUGAUUCCAACUCCACACAGUGUGGCAAAUGCAGUUAAAUUUAUACGUGACUUUUUCAAAGAUGAAACAGGAGUUGUCAGCGGAAAUAUACGAAGUACAGACUUUGUCAAGGUGAGAAGAGAUAAAGUCGUGAAAGACAAAGACUUAACAAUUCAAGAGACAUCACAUUCUGAUAUAAUGCAACGACUUGUUAGACGUUACCUGUUCAAAAUGGAGAGAGAAAAUGACGAGAAAGCGGAAAAAUAUAAAGAAACACCAUGUUUGCGAGCAGAAGAUAUGGCAGGAAAUGUGGAAGCUUUAUUGAAUGCAUAUGGUGAUCCGAGUCAAACAGUACAAUUUGCUGACGCAGAAGAGUUUCCACCACCUCCGAUAACGGCUGUUGGCGCAAAAGCAAACUAUGAACACUCGCAGAACCCUUAUCAAUUGAGUGUACAAGGUGGCGCACCACCAAUAAAUCCCAAUCAACAAAGUGGUAAACGUUUAAAGCGACCAACUUAUGGUUCAGGUCGAAGGUAUUCAAGCUCCAUAGGUAAUACAGCAUUAGGUGUUGGUGCAGGAUGUAUGUUAGGCGGAAUCAAUCUACAACUACCUCAGCUGGAUGGAAUACAACGUAUGCAGAAGAUAUUAGACAUGCGUCUACAAAAUCUUCAGGCUCAAUCGGACCAAUUGAACCACGCAUCUGGCAAUGCUCGAAUCAAAGAGGAAAUAUCUCACGUUCGUCAACUGAUUGGUGAAAGUCAGAAAGCUUUAUCAAGUAUUGUCAAGGCUGUGUCACAGAUGCAAGACCAAGUUGUGCAGCUGAAUACAAAUAUGGAACAGUGGAUACUAGCCCAAGCAAGUGACGUGAAAUUCGUACUGUAUUUGUAG